CUCAAGCUACAUUUGCUAAAGAAGUGAACACUUGUAAAAUUAUCACAUCAACACAGUUGUUGCUGAAGGAGUUAGUGUGGAAAUAGCAACGAAAAUAAUGGGAUAACGGGUAGCGAAGAGUUUUACCUACUUGAACACCUUUAAUUGAAAUUGAAGUCACGUGAUUUGAAAUCCUUCGGCAUUUGUUGAUGCAGCGUUAAAUGACCAAUCAGUGAUGGGAUGAUUAAAUUCUAAGCAUUUGUGGCUCGUGCAAAAUCUAGUUUAGGAAGAUCAACCACAAAUUUGACCUGUAAUAGCUGAAAUUGCACAGAUUGAACUUCCACAAGUCAGAGACACGAAGAAAUACAGAAUGUCGAAGUCUCGUCAAAAAGAACAUCCGGGCUAGCGAGGAGAAAUCCUCUUUCCUUGCAGCGCCGACAGAAUGAAGGAGAAAUCCAAAAACGCCGCCCGCUCCCGCCGAGAGAAAGAGAACGCUGAAUUUCUGGAGCUGGCCAAACUACUUCCCUUACCGGCCGCCAUCACUAGCCAGCUGGACAAAGCUUCUAUUAUUCGCCUCACUACUUCCUACCUGAGGAUGAGAGAAGUCUUCCCCAAAGGUCUGGGAGAUGGUUGGGGAGCAGCGCCGCCGCUACCAAACCCCUUAGAAAGUGCAAUAAAAGAACUAGGAUCACAUUUGCUUCAAACCCUCGACGGAUUCGUGUUCGUUGUGGCGCCUGAUGGCAAAAUCAUGUACAUUUCAGAAACUGCCUCCGUCCAUCUUGGAUUGUCACAAGUCGAGCUGACUGGUAAUAGCAUUUAUGAAUACAUCGACCCUACAGACCACGACGAAAUGGCCGCUGUACUUGCCUUGCAGCCGCCGCCCCUCCACCACCAAGUUCCAGCGCCACAGGGUGUGGAGUUCGAAUUAGAGAGGUCGUUCUUCGUUAGAAUGAAGUGCGUUCUUGCCAAGAGAAAUGCAGGUCUGACUUCCGGUGGCUAUAAAGUAAUUCACUGUAGCGGUUACCUGAAAGUCCAGAGGUAUAAUGUCGAGGCCUCCCCUUACGACAGUUGCUUCCAAAAUAUGGGACUGGUGGCCGUGGGUCAUUCUUUACCCCCUAGUGCCAUUACCGAAAUUAAGAUGUACUCUAACAUGUUCAUGUUCAGGGCUAACAUGGAUCUGAGGCUCAUUUUCCUUGAUGCCAGGGUGACAAACUUAACAGGAUACCAACCUCAAGAUUUGAUAGAAAAGACUCUGUACCAUUACAUUCACGGAACAGACUGCAUACAAAUGCGAUAUUCGCAUGACACUUUACUUCACAAAGGCCAAGUAACUACCAAGUACUACAGAUUUUUAAACAAAGAUGGAGGAUGGAUUUGGAUGCAAAGUUAUGCCACAGUUGUACACAAUACUAGGUCGUCCCGCCCUCACUGUAUAGUUAGUGUCAACUAUGUCCUUAGUAAACAAGAAGCAGAGAGUUUGCAGCUGGAAAUAGAGCAGAUCCGUAAACCAGAACCACUAUAUCCAGCAGCCACUUCUACAACACAGAGCCACAGUACAAAUGGUACAAGUACCAUCACACCGACGAGAAGCCGACACCAAAGAUCGAAAAGUCGUAAAUCGCCCUAUCUCUAUGAGGAUUCUAAUAUCGGCUGCAUUCGAGGUGAGCCUGUGGAUCCAUGUCUUUACGAAAUGAAUUCCUUUCCUCUUCACCACGCAGCCUUCUCAGCAGUUACCCAUUCCCCAUAUACUGAUAUGGCAGCUACCAAUUCAGCCCCUCAAUAUCCUCACUCACCUCAUUUAGCCAUGGGUCUCCUGGAUCCGGGUGGAGGAGGUUUUUUGCCACAUUAUCCACAUCAGCGGUUAUCACCUUUGCCCCAUCCCGAGUCCAGUUACGAAAGAGAAGAAAGGUACGCCGUACACAACUAUGCUUCUUUUCCACCGUGUGAAGCUUCCGUCGUGUCUUCCUCACCAGAUGUGGAUCCGGAUCCUUUGCAACCGAUGUCUUGCAUCAUACCCCCACAACAGGACAUGUGCACAAGUGCAGGGGGUUACGUUGCACCAGUUCCACCUCAAGCACAUGAACUGCCAGUAGGUCAUCAUCUACUGUACCCAGCUCCCGGGGGUGCUGGUGGAGGACCCUUUAGUAGUCCUUCAGAUUCCAUACUCUCCGAAUCCGAUCUAGAAAGCUUCCCAAACGGAAGGACUGAAUCUCCGCACUCAGCAUCUUCAACUUCUUCGCCUCUUCAUCAUCAACAGCAGCAGCAGCAUAGCAAUAUCAAGCCACCAUCAAGUGCCUUAGGACCUGUGCUUCGUAGUAGCAGCAGCAAUCAAUAUAAGUCCGUCAUCACCACCACCAGUCUCCAGGCAGCCGCGGCGGCAACUACAGACUUCCUCAAUCCCCGGUUAACGAAACAGCAACCGUUCCAGCAGCGGAACUAUGCAAGUUGCUCUCCAGCCGAUUCGCCAUACAACGAUUCGUGUUACUUCGAAUCCGCUAGACAACAAUCGCAUUUAGAUUCUAGCAUCAAGUAUGCAUUAACGAAAUGUGACAAUUUUGCGGACAAAACGUACUGUGUUAACUCUGCCAAUGGCACAAAUGAAUACGGCUGUACGACCACCGCAGAUGGUGUGCAACCGCAGUAUACCAGCGUUAUAGUGGAUGCCCAACAGUACCAGAUGGCCAAUGGAUUUGUCCAUUGAUUCUUUUUCCCCUUUUCUCUAGUCGUCCGGUUUCCUUCACAAGGAUGCCAUAAACAGUUGCCAUGCUAUGGAUACAAAGCAGAGACAUGUAAAGAAAGUCUUUUUCCAUGUAGAAAUUGCAGAAUGCUGUGUAGUGCCCAUGUAUAAGAAUAUAAUAUAUUUUUGAGAUACG